UUUCCGGAAUUUUUCUGUUUACUUCUUUGACAUAAUACAGAUCACAGUGUUUGAUUUGUGAAAGUUUAGAAUUGAUCAUGUUAACAAUUCUUGUAAUGAGUUAGAGAACAGCUAACAUGGAGACUCCGGCUGUCAUUAGAACAGAAGUCGCGCAGCCGCCAGAGAUAACACCACUGUCCAAACACAAAGAGAAUCUGACAAACACCAUAGGUACACCGUCAACGGUCAAGGAGAAUGUGACAAGCACAGCCAGUACACAUUCAACGGUCAAGGAGAAUGUGACAAGCACAGCCAGUACACAUUCAACGGUCAAGGAGAGUGUGACAAGCACAGCCAGUACACAGUCGACAGUCAAGGAGAAUGUGACAAGCACAGCCAGUACACAUUCAACGGUCAAGGAGAAUGUGACAAGCACAGCCAGUACACAUUCAACGGUCAAGGAGAAUGUGACAAGCACAGCCAGUACACAGUCAACAGUCAAGAAGACAACUAAAAGCAAGACUAAGCCCCUGUACUUCUGGACCUGUGCUGAUGUCAACAAGUGGCUCAAGAAACACUGCAGCCAGUUCCAUGGCAUCUACGGGGAUUUGCUUCUACAACAGGAAGUCACUGGAAGAACACUGAUACGUAUGAAUGAAAUAAAACUGGAGCGAAUAGGUAUUGCCAAAGCAGAACAUAGGAAUGAAUUUAUGCAGUAUAUUUUACGCCUUAGACUUCGACAUGAAACUGGAGAUUUAAAGAACUUAGACCAGAAAGGUACUGGUUUUGAAUUGAAGCUUCCAGAGAAAUCCCGAAACACCAAAGAGAUGAAGGAGAAACAUCCUCCUUAACGACCCACCGUUCUACACAUCUGAUAAAGCAUUGUGAACCUAAUCAAUCCAGCUACCUUCAUUCUCAUCUAUGAUGCCUGCUGAUAGCUGCAGCAGUUUUUAUAUUGGAACCAAACUUUUUCCCGAAAAACUGGCUGGGUAAUGGGCUACAAAUGUAGGUUGAAUAGUGGUGGCUGCGGUUAAACAAGACUUUAAACCACUGACAUCUCCGUGACCAAUAUCUCUUCAUUUAAUUUCUAGUCUACAUAUCAGAUGUAUUAAUUUUUGAGGCCCGGAGUAAUUUUAAUCUUUUGAAAUUUACAUGAUUUUUUUUCACCCAUCUUGAAUUCCUCCACAUUUAAGUAAUAAUUUUCAUUUUUUUUAUGAUGUUCAAGAAAGAAAUCAUAUGUUCAUUUGUUUUCAAGGUUACAAUGCUUCAAACUACCAUUAAAAGUUAUAGUAAUAGGAAGUUUAGGGUUAAGUGAGUUUUUGGGUUAAGUUUAUAAGUGAUAGGAGUUUCUGGGUUCAGGUUAUAAGUGAUAGGAGUUUCUGGGUUCAGGGUUUAAGAGAUAGGAGUUUCUGGGCUUCAGGUUAUAAGUGAUAGGAGUUUCUGGGUUCAGGGUUAAAGAGAUAGGAGUUUCUGGGUUUAAUUUGAUUUAAAGUUCUGGAUUUAUUGAGAGGAGUUUCUGGGUCUAAGUUUUUUGAUAGUUAAUUCAGGGUUAAGGUUUAUAGUGAUAGGAAGGUUUGGGUUCCAUUGCUAUGAAAGGCACUUUGAAAAAGCGACCUCUUUGGAAUGGAUUUUAUCUGUGAUGUAAUAGAAUCUCCAACAGUGUUAGAGGUUUACACGGCGAGAUACUUUUGACAGGCACCGCAUAUCCGAUAGAAUAAAGGCUGACCAGCAGCCUCUUAUGUUAUAAGAGCUAUGUAAUAUAGUGAUAUAGGAGAGUGAUAUGGGAGAGUGAUAUGGUGGUGUGUAGUGAUUAAUUAAGUGAUACAGUAGACCUGUGACUGGAAUUAAUUCACGACUUGGUGUAUUUAUACAAUGGAACAAAAUCAUUCUCGUACAAAUUGUACUUAGCUGAUUGCAUGUGUAUCAAGUCCAUAAACACAGUUAACAUAUAUCCUUAUUUUAACACCUUUUAUCCUAAUCUUGGUAAUAUAUACAACACUAACUAAAUUUGUCUUUUUCUCCCAAAUAAGUAUAAUUACUCUUGGAAAGCGGAUUUGCACUUUUGUAGCAUUGUGCUAACAGCUCUGUCCCCAUGUGUGUUAGAAAGGAGAGUAAGUUAAGAGUGCAUGAAAAUAAACUUCAGUUAACUCAUUGACCUAAGAGACACAACAUUAUGAAAUCUGUCAUUUAAUGUUUAACAUUGUAUAUAUAGUAAAACCCCAGUAGAGUGUACACAAUAACACCACAAACUUUUGUGAUUUCAAGGUAUCGACAUGACACCAUAAAUGUAAUCGGGUAUAACCAAUAUAUUCCUUGAUCAAUUUUAGCCUUUAUAAAAACCAACAUUUUCAACAUCAAAAUGUUAUUUUUUUCUCGCAAAUCUGUAUACUGUACUUAGUGUAGUUGGUGUUUUUAUAAUAUUAUUUUCUCAUACUUAAGAGUUAAAAAAAAGAGUUACAAAUAGAGGUUCCCUAACAAGUGAUGAUUGUUUUUCAUAUUGAUCUAAUUGGAGAUAGUUAAUUUUUAAAUUGUAUAAAGACACAAGUAGUGACGGAGUAAUGAUUGAUUAUAAUUGAAAAUUGAUUGGUUUGCCCUUUCUGAUUCCGAUUAUCAAUUACAAAUUCCAUAAUCGAUAUAAUCCGUUUAUUAUCAGAAUCAAAGUAUUAAACAUAUACAAUGUUAAGUAUACAUUGGAAGUCAUUUAUUGUUAUAAAUCAUACUAUAUGAUUGACAAAACUGUUUAAAAAAGUUUGGGUAUUCGGUCCCAUAAAAUCAUAAACUGAUCAAUGCAAUUGAACAUCAUUGGGAUUACUACCUCUGAUUACAAACCGAUUAUAGAUUAUGAUUUUAACCGGAUUGCCCAUCACUAGACGAGAGGUUUAUCGAGUGUCUUUAACAGAACUUAGAUUAACAUGAUAACCAACCGUCACAAGUUUGGGGACCCUUUUUCUCACAUAACCUCACAUAUUAUAUCUAGAAAACCUUACUAUGUUUCUAUUGGGAAAACAUUACUCUUCUUUCUAAUCAGGGGAAACAAUUGCCAUGGACUAGGACGUCGCAAAGCAUUGUUACUUGAUGUCAUAAUAAAAAGAUUGUCCAAUGAAAUCACGUCCAGAGUGUUACCCACUACAAAGUAACAAAAAUUGUUGACCGACUCCUAGCAGGUUUAUCCAAUGGACUUGGGACUUUACAUUUUUUGGUGUCAAAAUAUUCCCUAUAUUUGAUGAACAGAAAUAUAUGAUACAAUAUUUGUAUUUUUUUUUUAUAUAUAUAAUGACUUUUUAUCUCCUCUGCACAUUUAUAAGGUGGGCCAGGGUUGAGGAGCCCUGGAUUCCCUCCUUGUACAAAAACAGGCCCUCACAAGAGGCAUCUUUUCUAUUCUUUCACUCAUUAUAUUUGCUAUGAGAAAACGUGUGAUUUUUAUCAAAAUUUCAAAAUUUCCAAAACUAUGUAACCCAGUGGAGGAAUCUCGUCUGCCAGUAUCCACCCCCUUUUGUACAAUAUUUGUAUUUAGGAACUGAUCAUGAACUGGUUAUGUAAAUAUAGAAUCUCCCAAUUCCUAUGUUUGUAAUUAAUGUAAAAUUGUUGACUGGGUUAAUCAGAUUUUAACAUAGAUGCGACUAAUGUCAGGUAAACAUUUUAUUUUAGAUGUAAUGUUAUGAGUAUGUUAUGUAUAUCAUUAUUUUUCUUGUUACCAUGAUAUCAAUCAUUUUAAUAAAUCUCAAUAUUUCAUUGCAAGCUUUAAAGAUAAAUGCAAAAUAUUUUUUUGCAUAUUUUUUUGCAUAAAUAAGCACACAUCUUUCAUCCCAACACAAAUAUCUGUAAUUACAGCCAUAUCUAAUGCUAAUCUAGGUAGCUUUCUCUUAUAACAACCCAACAUCUCCAUACUAAUCUAGGUACCUUAUUGUAACAUAGUCUGAGGUAGCUGUAUUUCACAUCAAAACAGAACUUUAAUUGCUUGUUAAACUUAGUGUAUUUGUUAACUAGGAAUGCCAGAUUGUUUUUUAAUCUCAAGGUAACUUAUUUUCAAAAAACUUAUUUUACUAAAAGUACUGAUUGUCAUCAAAACAUUAGAAAAUAUGAAAACCUCACAAUAGUCUAAACUGAUACCCAGCAAGGACAAAAGUAGAGCAUUUCUAUGAAUAAAGCUUGCUAAAUGGGUUUCCCUGAAUUCACAGACUGCGUAAUCGAUACCAUGUUAUAUGUGUAUAUUAUACAUCAACAGAUUUAAUCAUGUACAAUAAUGUCCUGGAAAAAUCCGACUCCUGACAGGGUCUUUCUACUAACACUAAUAAGACACAGCCAUGAAGUAAAGAAAAUCAUUGUCUUUAUAUUUUGUAUUAUUUGUGUACUCUGAGGUGCAAUAAAAUGUUGGAAUAACUUGUAUCUUUGGUUUAUUUUAUCUUAAAAGCACAGUAUUAGUUAUUGCCAAAUGGUCUUGUUUACCUCCUAACUUGAUAUUUCCCUUAUCAAACUCACAAGACCAAUGUAAACUACAGUCGACCUAGACAGGCACACAUUGAGCCCUUACACACAUGUAGUCCUAUCACACGUCAACUGCAGUAUUCUACCAUGGUUUACUGUAAGUCUCC